AUGGGUAACAAGCCGAGCGCUCUCUCGCAAGGCUCUGCGCAAGAUGUCUCCAGGUAAAAUUGCUCCGGCAAUGCUUCUACAGCUAGGUGCUAACGUGCUAACAACAGCCUCUUCAAUAAUCCUCGAUACUCGGACUUGACCAUCAAAUGCGGCGACAGAACUUGGAGCGUCCACAAGAACAUCGUCUGCACGAGGUGCGAGUUCUUCGAUGGGGCUUGCAAAGGGGGGUUCCAGGAGGCGACAUCGAACGAGAUCACUCUCGAUCACGACGAGCCUGAUGCUGUACACGCCCUACUCGAGUACAUCUACAGCGCGGAGUACGGAAGUCAAGGUCAUGAGGCUCUAUCGCUCCACGUUGAGGUCGCUAUCAUCGCCGACAAGUACAACAUGACCCAUCUCAACCGACUCGCCACUGAAAAAUUCACCCAAUGUAGUGCCAACAUCGCGAGAGACGGGGGCACAAACCCUUCCCCAUUCACACGCGCCAUCGCGCUCCUUUACAGCACCGACAUCAACGCAUUGCAAGGAAUCCGUGACUGCGCCAUGGAGGUCCUGAUGAAACACGGAGAUAAGAUCCUGCCCUACGGCCGACCAAGCGCUCUUCGACUUUUGGUGGUGGACACACCCUCGCUGGCGGCCGACCUCUUCUCCAAGUUCCAAGAACAAGCCAUGAAGCAAUUCGAUCCCCAGGCUCAGCCUCAACCGGACCUCGGCAAGGCACGUACGGUUAGAGGCUCGAUCCCUUGA